AUGUAUUCUAUCACACAAUUUCACGCACACACUCACUCCGAUUUCCCAGCAAGUUACGAAACCUCGGCUCCUAUCAGAAACGAGGCGCAUAUAGCCACGUUGUAUCAAGCGACGGACUUCGUCGGAUCAGAUCCCAACACAGAUUCACCGGCUUCUGGACACUCUAAUAGCCCAGACAUAGACUUCAACGUACAAUUAUCAGAUGAUACCACACAUACAGCAUACCCAGAAGACUUCCCCAACUUAUCACCUCCUUCUCGAGGUCCCAGCUCGUACUGGGGCCGAUCAGAUUCAGACUCACAAUGUUCAUCUUCGGUCCCUGAUUUGGAGAUUGAUAUCGAGGAACAACUAUUACUAAACACGCCAGACUCGCUUUACAACAUAUACAUGGCUAAGGUGCUAGCGGUAACCAUUGGUCUUGCACAUGUGCAGGACGUUGCAAGGACUUACGCAGAACAAAUCAAGCAGUUGAAGCUGCAGCUGAAUGAUUCGCGCAAGUAUAUGAGUGCACUCAUGCAGCUCGACGACUACAAUCGACUCCUCAUGGCUAUCAUCAACGUUGCUUUAUGCAACGGUGCCAGCAUCCGCCAGAUAGUCAAUAAAUUAGAUGAUGCCCUUGAGGGUGCUUACCAUCCUCGGGGAUAUGAUGCGACUGACCUGGAUAUUGCCACCCUUGUCUACAGGCUUGGUGGUCGUCAACUUCUCUUCACACUAAACCAGAAACUUGCUAUCCCUUCCCUUCGCACACUCCGCACUCGAGCUGUCUUCACCGUUAUCACUCCCACAAUUGGGACCAUUCAUAACGAGCAUUUCGACAACAACAUUCAUGCCGUCAUUCGAAGUAGCCGCACGGAAUCUGUCUUGUGUGGUGUCAGUCUUAUGAUUGACGAGAUUGCACUUGAGGAGAUGGCCGUCCAUUUCAGCAAGUACAACAAGGUCGGCGGUCUAUGUUGGAAACACUCACACCUAGUCGAUCCUGUUCUCCGCACUUACGAAUCUGCAGUCAACAUUGCACAGAAGAUCCAUGACAGUCAUGUCCAUCUGGGCAAGGAACUAGCUGUUAUGGGGGCCUCGUGUUUUGGCCGGGACGAGAUAUUCCCCAUCUUAGCUGCUCCCACUUGCAAGAGCGAGAACCCCAAUGACAUGGAGCAGAUCCUCACUAAAGCAAUUGAUCGAUGGAAUGCCACUGGGGUGGCGGCGCAGGUCGGACCAGUCUGGUCAGUUGCCACUGACGGCAAUGCUACUUGCCGCGCUGCUGGCCAUAGGCUGUUCGUCAAGAGUCUGCUCUCUGAGAGCUCGGAUUUGUAUGGUACACUCAUCAACAUGCCGGGAUUGAAUCUGUUCACAGGCGAUAAUGAGGCAUAUGCACUCUCCUUUGAUCUCCCGCGGGUGUCAUACUCAAUAACGGUCGCAUCAUUAACUCGAUCUGUCACCAAACUUCUCUACCCAGACGAUCCUCAAGAUGUCCCUCGUGCAGUCGAGCUCAUGUUUGCCAUUAUCAAGUUCUCCAAAUCUCAGCAUGCCAUUGUCAAUGACUCGUUUUCGACCGAUAUCGACACUCGCGCAGAUCUCCAAUCAAUUGCUCUUCUUAGUGCUCUUCUAGAGUCCAUCCUCCUGCCUUUUACCAAUCUUUCUCUCUCCCUGUCCGAACAAUUCAUGCUGCUCAGUCGGUACUCUCAUCUUGCUUUUGCCUUCUUCCACACACAUCGACGGUCAUUCAUGUCCUAUCAAUUGUAUUACGACCUACAGACGAUGGUAAAGAAUUCUGCAUUCUGCCUCGCUAAGCAACAAGCACUGGACCCACAUGCUCCUUUUUUCCUUGGGGAUGUUGGGGAUGAUCCCCUCGAGAUUCUUUUCAGCCGCACAUGCAUGAUUGGGGGCCAUAACUCUGCAUCUUCAUAUGCUCAGGCUCUCGAUCGUUUAGGAGCUGCGAAGGAUAUCGACGCUGUCUUCAGGCGUCACCCAGAACUUGAUCCAGGCCACUGGCGCCUCAAACUAACGCGCCAGGAAGGUGUUGAUCAUAUCAAUCGUGAGGUCUGGAAGGAUGAUAUUAUCUCUGGUCGGUGUGAUCUGCCGUUGGCAUGGCGCAAUAGUCAUGACGCAGCCCUUUCCAUCCUCACCAUGUCCCAGCUCCAGCCAACUCAUUAUUCGUUCAGGGAGCUUUUCAGUGUACCUGGUGUCGAUAUGCUUCGUCCAUUUGGACAGAACAGGUACCUUGGAAUGACCAUAGACAAUGACCUUGAGGAUACCAGUGAAGUUCCUAAUAUUCCUCCUCCCGUUGUGAUCGCCCCUCCCUCUCAGUGUCUAGAGACAGUUUUAGUAGACGAGGAUCACGACCACACUGACCACGCAGUUGCUGGCCUUGGGGUCUUGGCUGGAGGUGAUGACGAUGAAGAAAUGAUGCUCACUUUCCAAGAGUCGUUGAUCGACAAAUCCUUCACUGAUGUCCCUGCUCCCUCCUCAUCUUCUCAGCACAUCUCUCAUGACCCUUCGACCCCUGCUUUGCCACAAGGGCCUGGAAUACACCCAGAAGAUUACCUCCUAUACAAAGGACAGUGGAUCCACAAGCAGACGAUAUGUUGUCUCGUGAUCAACAAGGAUUUUAUUUCCAAGUCCCUUAAUCGACUUGAGCGCGUCCGUGGAGGUUAUACUAAAGUUAACAAACAUGUCAACGUAUCUGCGGGUUGUAUCACUGAUCACAAUCUCUUUCUCGUCAGGGACAUUUUUCUCACUGUCCUUCAUUCUGGUCACACUCUUUCGAUUGGCGUGCUUCGUUCUACCACUGCCAGCCUCAAUAAUAUUUCCCGCGUGUCAAUCAACGUGACAAUGAUGAAGGCAUUGCGAACUACGGCUAAGAUAACCAGUCAACUACUCAGUCUUGUGGCAACUGACCCUUCUUCUGACGGCUCUCAAUUAUUUUUAUGGGACGGCGGAUACAUCAAAGCACAUUCCAUCAUUCAAGGAACAUCGGAGUAUACAAAACAUGUCGUUAUGGUCACUGUUCCUGGUUCCCUCAUCGAACCAGUCAACCCCGAGGCUAUUUUCAUUCGCUUGAGGGAUGACGUCAAUACUGACAAGUUCACUCAAGUGAACGGUGGCCAAACUUGCGAACUCCUCUGGGCCAAAGCCAACAAAUUGAAGGUCAACCUGAUGUCUAUUGUGGCCGUCAUUUCAUCAGAUCCAAAUAUAUUCCCUUACCGACUAGCAGACGGCACUCCAGCAGUCAUUUCUGUUGAGGCCAGCAGCCAACUCACAGCAUCUGAAGGUGAGUUGAUCUUACAUGCCCAUGUGGCUUCUGCGGUCGUUCUGGAGUGCCUGAGUGCACCAUCAGAAUUGCGGUACCAAGCAGUGGGGCGCCCACCUGGGAAACAAGAUCCCGGAAAGAGCACCCGAAAGGUUCCCAUGCUCCCUGUUGAAGCUGUAUGGCGCUACAACAUGACGGCGCAUAUCCUGGGCCAGCACGAGGAAUUCGCCGUACCUGGACAUAGAGAGGCGGGGGUCCCAUUGCCAGGCGCUUCGCGCAUCCCGAAGGAUUGCUGGCAGCCCUCGUAUGGAGAUUUGUCUGAGCAGGACAAGGAGAACAUACCUGUAGCAUCAGGAUCUCGUCCUAAAUGUCCUACCCUUGAGUCCGCUGGGUCUCUCCCCCGGGCCUCCAAACGAGCGCGUACAUCCCUCCAGCUUAUGACUGUAAUGCUGUCACGGUGGGGGGGGGACCCAUCUGAAGUUACGUCAGGUAAAGAAGCUUGGCUGCUUGUGAAAUCCCUGUGCCCAUAUGAUGAGCCGGCAUCUGAAUCAAGUCAAGUCUGA